AUGGGUGUGUUGUUGGAAGCUCCAGAGCAGCUCACUGACGACAAACACGAAGGAGUGAAGGAAGUCGGCGGCAUGGCGUCAUCUUCUUCAGAGCCCAUCAAUGGUGGUGAAGAAGGGGAAGAAGAAUCAGCUCCGAAACUUGUGGCCAAACAAAAAAAGAAAAAGAAAGCUGGUUCCAAACUGCUGGGCAACGAGGAAAUCGGUGAAGCUGCAAAAUGUUCCCAAGACGAUGGCAAGCCCAAAAAGAAAAAGAAGAAGAAGGUAAAAAAGAAGAGUCCUGACGAUGAGGAUGGAACCAUCCCAAAGAAGACCAAGAAGAAGAAAAAGAAGAUCAAGAAAAAGACAGCAGUAGAAGAGGAAACAGUUCCCUCCUCAAAAGUUAUUGAAGGUGAUGAGCAGGUUAUGCCGAAAAGUGCGAACAACAAUCCGACCAUGGUAUCUUCCAUUGAUGAGUUGCAACAAUACGAUGACAUCUUCGAGAACCCACAUGACGCGGUCGAAAGCGAAUCAAGCACUACGAAGAUGGAGGAAGUAGAGCCACAAACAAAGAUCUAUAAACCUAUAUUUGGCGGUCGAGGUAGUUUAUCCAGUACAAAGAAACCAGAAUCACUCCCGGACACGGAAUCCAUUCAUAGCAAGCUUAGUGAGUUUGAAACAGCUUGGCGAGAAGCUGAUAACUCGAAACAAGAAAAUGAAGAGGAGCCUGUACCACCAGAUGACGAAGCCUUCAGUCUGGCAGAGACGAUUUUGGACUCCGCAGCGUCGGGUGGUGGAAGUACGUUCAACUCGCAUGGUCAAUACGCGGUGAUCUCAAAUACAAUGGCUUCAGAAGAGAAGGCUAAGGAUCUCCGUCGACAAGCAAUCAGUCUUGCUGCCGCAGAAACAAGACUGCGAGCGGAAGCAAGAAAUCAAAUGGUGGGCAAAAGUGACAGCAACACUGUCCACCACGGGAAUUGGCGCCUUCCAGACGGUGAUGACGGCACUGAGCAACCCGUAUCUGCUUCUUCCAGCAGUAGGAUGAUCCCAACAUCACAAGAAGGAAAGCAGGCAUACUUCGAAGGCGUCAAGGCCGCCUCAAUCCUCGAUAACAAAAGACAUCAGCCAGGCGCGUUCCGCGUUACUGGAUCCAACGACAAUGCUAGCAAUCCUGCUGGAAAUGAGGAAAACGACGUCGUUGUAGCAGCCGUCACCGAAGAGGACGAGGCCCAGCUUGAAAAACGGGUAAUGCAGCGACUUCUCAAGGAGACAGCCCAAGCUUCUGUCAUUCUUGUGGAGCAUGGUGGCAAUAGCCAGAAGUAUGAAGAUCCGAUUGCAGAAGCAGGGCGCCAAGCUGAAUUGGAAAAUUACAAGCCACAAGGUCUCGUAGAAAAGAUGUUUGGGGUCGGGCAAGUUCCAGUGGAUGUCGGUGCCGCUCCUGACGAUCUCAUUAAGAGAAGGAAUCAUAUUCCAUUCACAAUCAAGCUGCAUGGAACAACCAAUUUGUGGGUGACGUCCAUUCAGACAAGCCAAAAGGCUUCGGAUUCAUCGCAAUAUAUGUAUGAGAAAUCAUCACUCGAGUUAAAGCGGUCCAUCAAGACAUACAUUGCAACGACAGAACAAGAAGCAUACGAAAUUGGACUUGCAAUGGCACCUCCCAUUAUGAACUCGUAUGAUGAGAAUCCUAUUUGUCAGCUCUGUUCCACUAAAUUUGCUCUGUUGAAGCGUCCUUGUCAAUGUCGCAAUUGUGGGGUCGUUGUUUGUUCUGGUUGUGCAUGUAGCUGGUCUUCGAAACAAGUCCCAUCAACUUACAACAUGGAGAAUCGGUCGACUAUGAAUGUUUGUGUAGCUUGUGAUUGGUUGGCUACCAGUUUUCGGGAGGCGUUGUUGAAGGGCGAUCUAGCGUGUGCACUAUCACUGUACAAGUCAGGCAAUGUGAACCUUCGCAAGUUGCAUGUAUCCAAAAAGAAGGGAAUGAUGGGCGAUGAAGCAAUGUAUCCGAUACAGAUGGCAAUCCGUGGAGGCAACUUGUCACUCGUCAAAUGGUUGAUGUUUGAACACUAUUGUCCACUUUAUGAAAGCAAUAGCAAGGGAGAUCGGGGACUUCUAAAGACAUCCAAGGGGCGGACAGUGGUUGAUCUGGCCUUGGAACAAUCCAAACCCGAAAUUUUGAAGUUCUUGGUAACCAAUCAGGGAGUGUCUUUGACACAAGAAGCCAAGAAGGAGACUCGUGACUCCUUGAAGCAUUUGACUUGUUUAGUCCAGUUGAUUCCGGAGACAAUGCUAGCAAACGUGUCGAUCGAUGCUGCUUUGCCAACAGGUGCAAGCGAGCAUGUUGCAGAGUUACCAGAAUCAUCGAGGAUGAAUCCGAGGGAGGACGAAGACCAGUGCGCCUUUUGA